AUGCUCUCUGACAUGCCCUCCCAAGAAAGUGCCGGCGGCCUCUCGGUCGGUCAUCCAUCGGAGUCCCAGAAUCCCAUCCAGCCAGGUCAAAUCCUGACGGGGAAGCAAGAACAUUAUCUGAAGCGCGAACUCAUUGCCCGCCAGGUGCAUGGCGAAAUCGCUGAGUUAAACUCGCCAACCGCUCUCCGUCGCUUUGGUGCUCCGUUCAAGUCAGAAUUCGGUGAAGUCGCUCCCGUGGAUUCAGAACUCCCCAUUCUCCGUCAUAUCUUUGUCCAUCAUGUGCGAAACUUCCCUUUCCUCGACCAGGCCCGUGAGAAGGAGUUUUGGCAGGAUAAGUUACAAGUGUUUCUUGAGUCUUUCGCGAAUAAGAAUGUGUCGUCAUCGGAAGAUCGCUUGGAGGAGACAAAGCGUCGAAAGCUGGCUAGAAAGUGUGAGAAACUGGUUGAACUGAUGAUGGUAUCCGGCAUCCCCACAGCAUCGGGUUAUGAAGAGCGGAUUCAAUUCUCGGAAAUGGAGGUUGUUGACCGUGGUGCCAAUGAGACGGGAUUGCUUGUCAAUAUGCCGGAAGGGAAUGCGAUUAAUGGCUGGGAUGUCAAUGUGGCUGCGGUGCGGAUCGCGUCUGUCCGACGGACGGUGCGAUAUCACCAGCAUGCGGAAUUCAUUCUUCGCGUGCGACGUCAAGGGAAGUCGGACGUUUACGUGGCGCGACGAUAUGGAGAAUUUUCGAAGCUUCGCAAGCGACUGCAAACAGAGUUCCCCGGGAAAUCGUUACCUCCUCUGCCGCGCAAGAAUAAGUCCUCAACAACGUCCAGCUUUUUCUCCUCGGGCGAUGAUGAUGCAUCCUCUGUAUCCUCGGUGUCCACCCAGAGCACAAGCACUCCAGAAGAGGGCCAAAAUUCGAGAAAUCUAACUCCCGGGAGCUAUCUCCAUCGUUCGGUGUCGCGGUCAUCUAUGAGGUCUGCCCUCGGAAAGUCCCCCAAGUCCCCUAGGGAGUCUGGGGAGGCCCUCCGUGAGACCGUGCUAUAUCGAGAGGAGCAACGUGUUUCGCUCCGGGCGUUCCUUCGUACGUUGCUACAAAAUAAGCGUGCAGCCGAAUCGAAGGCGCUUGAGGAGUUUCUUACUGGGCAGCCUAUUGCCGUGAACGAGGAGGAAAUGAUUGAUAUGCAAAGGAGAAAAGAGGCAGAUGCUAUCCGGAUAGAAGAGCAGAAACGUUUCUACGAGAUUGCUCGGCAGCGGGCAGCAGAGUUGGACGUUUAUAUGGAAAAUUUCCGCCGAGACAUUGUGGAGAGCAAUGGGUUGACCAAGUUAUUCGCGGAGAUACGCGAGAAGCCUACGGUGGAGGAUCUCAGUCCACAGUACCAGAAGUUCGCUGAAUGGCUUCGCAUCGAGGUUGCUGCGACUCUUUAUCAUUUGUUCCUAGCUGAGGAUAACUCUCCGGAAUUGUUUGCGCAGGCGAAGCGGAUCCAUUCUUUGGUGCCAUAUACGUUGAUGAAGAAUGUGAUCCGUAUCGCCAACCCGGCCGCUGUUAUGACCGGGGUGUUGGACCUCUUCCUAGCGCAGCCCUUUGGGUCACGUUCUCUUUUGCAGCGGAUCUUCUCGAUGACUUUGAAUGAUGGCAUCAAGGCAUUCCAAAAGUCGAUCGACGCGCUGGCUGCCAAGGUUGACGACCCCGUCCUUUGCCAGAAACUGAAGGCAUUCACCGGUGCCGACGAGACCAUCAAGAAUGAGAUCCGCAGCGAGGCUGCCACAGAAGAUGUGGAUCUCAUCGUUGCCAUUCUGCGUUCCGAGCUCCUUGAUCCCGAAAUUACUACGGAACAAGUGGGCAAAGUGUUCAACGCGUACGUUGCCUGGAAUUUUGCGGUGGAUCAUGAUGAUCAGGAGAUGCGUGAGGGUGCUCAGUGGUUCGCGCACCUGAAACAGUUGCUCAAGCUCUAUACGCGGCAGCGUGAUAAGGCGAUGAUGCUGAGCAUUGUAGAAGAGCCUGUCACCUUGCAGCUGUUCCGUGACCUCUUUACCAUCUUCUAUGAGCCUCUUGUGCGCGUCUACAAGUCAGCCAAUGUCUACAACAGUAUCACCGACUUCGCCCAGUUUGCGGACGAUGCGAUCGCUGUCAUAGAGAAAUGUCAGAGACAAGAUGUGUCUGCGGAUCCGAACCAGACUGUUCAGGCCUUUAUUGACCUUUGUGAACGACAUCAAGGCAGCUUUUACAAAUUUGUGCACGAGGUGCACUUGCACGACAAUGGCCUCUUUGGCUCUCUGAUGGCGUGGAUUGAAGAGAUCCUGGAAUUUUUGCGCCACGGACCACAGGGUGGCCGGCUGGACAUGAAUGCACUCCUGCAUGGGGCCAAGGACGUCGGCCAAAUUGAUAAAGAUAAGGCGCUUGAGGAGAUUAAUGCGUUGGUCAAAUGGCAUGAGGACCGUAAACGUUGGCACCUCAACAAGACCCGGCAAAAAAUGGCUGCCGAAGGGACCGGAAAUGAAGCAUUCCCUGGCGGCCCAACUUUGAGGGGCAGUGACUUUGGCUUGGAUGAGGGCGACCUCGAAGACCUUGCCAUAUCCGACGAGGAGUCGGAAUCCUCUAGUGACCUUGAUGAGGUCGAAGACAUUGAUCCCAUUGGUGCGGAAAGGAGACGCCGGGUGAAGAGACAGGACCAGCUCCGCCGCACGGCUGGAGAGCCGGUCAAACCUGAGAGUCAGGAAAUCCUGAAGUUGUCCGAUUCGUUUAGCGUCAUGUUGCGUCAGGUCCUUGCAGAAUGCCAACGACCCCCGCAGGAUCAAUGCAGGUUCUUUCUCUGGGCCAGUGAUGCCGAGGCCCGCGAAAAGCUCACAGUCCUUUCAAACUCCCGCUCAGAAUCUGGCGCUGAGCCACAAACACCCUCUAAACCAGUCCAUCUUGAAAAUGGCGGACUUGUGACCCCUCAAACCGAUCGUUCUGUUCGCACCGCCCCUGCGACAGGGAGUGCGUUCCAGACUCCUUCGAAAAACGCCAAGGCUCGAAUGAUGGCGGAAGAUACGGACGAGUUCGAAUGGGAUGACUCCAUAACUGAAGCAUCUGUGAACUUGUUGGAUCCGCCGCGCCAGCCGGACUUCGGAUCUGCUAUGGGUUCCAGGUCCAGGUCGUUUGAUGAAUCUGAGUCUAGUCCGCGAAAGACACCACGGACGAAUUCUCUUACCUCGCCUGGGAAGCGAAAUCUGUCGGACAUGCAUAGCGAGAGCUCCUUAACUCCCACGUCGGUGUUCUCUUCUCAGAAGAACUCAUGGCACAUGCCACCGCCGUCGGCAGAGCUCUCGUUGACACCUACGCCGAGUAAAUACCGCAAUGCAUUGCUUGGUGAUGCGCGGGAGGAGUCGUCGGAGCUUGCACUUCAAGUUAUUAAGAUUCUUGAGAGUCAUAACUCGGUAGUUUCUAGACGUGCACAGGAAGAAGUGACCGAGUUAUUGAACAAAUUUGACCUCAAGACCAAAGGGAUAGUUCGCGGGCGGGACAUCUCACGCAUGGCGAUUAAGAAAAAGGACGAAGAGAUUAGGAAGCUCCAGGAGAGAAUCGCAAAUUUGGAGUCCCAGCGGUAG